UAAGAAGCUCUGGAGAACAGUUGAAUCGUCUCAGUUCUUCGGUCGACACACCGCCGCAACCACCUGUAUCACGUUGCUCAUCGUCCAGCAGCACCACAAGCAUCGGCUAUUUUAUCAAAGUAUAUUUCAUACUCUCUCUACGCGGUUGAUUUAUUUAUUGGCUUGUUUUAAUAACAAACCUUCCGGACUCCGGUAAAUUUCAGUUAAAGAUGGCACCGACUUUUCUGUUCAUCGUCUUGGCGGCUCUCGUCCACUUCAGUUCAGCUGCCAGCAAUAAGUACCCGUCGUUCCGCCAAGUCCGCCGGAUCAACAUCAGGAAGCAGAACGGGCGGCAGACUCCGGCGCCGUUCAAUUGCGUCAAGGCCGGUUUCUUUGGCGACCCCAAGGACUGCUUCCGCUUCUACCGCUGCGUCGAUUUUUACGGCAACGAGGCCCAGUUCACGCUGUUUGAAUUCGUUUGCGCCGAGGGGACCAUCUUCGACGAGUCCCUGUCCGUCUGCAAUCAUCCGCAUGCAGUCAAUCCGCCACCCGCUUGCUUGGCCACCACCUCAUGGGUCACUCCUACAGUUGCUCCGCCGGCGCCGGUUCCGCCCGCACCACCAGCGCCCGUUCCGGCCCCACCACCAGCGACCGUUCCGCCCGCACCGCCCGUCGUGACGGCGGCCGUUGAGACCACGACAGUUGCUGCUGCUCCCGUCACCGAAACGACGACAGCUUCUAAUCCGCCAACUCAACCCAAUAAUGGGAAUGUCGAAACCACGAUCGCUCCUGCUGCCCCCGUCACUGGACAGCCGGCUGUAACAGACCUGCCAACACCCACAACUGCUCCUACCGUUCCGCCAACCGAUGCUCCGAUGGCUGCGCAAACAGCUCCUACCGCUGCGCCAACUGAGGCUCCUACCGCUGCGCCAACUGAGGCUCCUACCGCUGCGCCAACAGCUCCUACUGUUCCGCCCACCGAUGCUCCUACCGCUCCGCCAACUGCUCCUAUCGUUCCAACAGCUGCUCCUACCGCUCCACCAACUGAUGCUCCUACCGCUGCACCAACAGCUCCUACCACUGCGCCCACUGAAGCUCCUACCGCCCCACCAACUGCUCCUACCGUUCCGACAACUGAAUUUGCCCCGGACGUCUUGCCCGUUGAUCCAGUGACAACAACCACCGCGGCACCGGUGCCGGAACCCACCACCGCUGCACCGGCUCCAGUGACGACGACCGUUGCGGCACCGGCUACUACCACCGUCAGCAGCGGAGAAAUGGAUUUGACUCCGGCUAUUACGCCCAUCGUUCCACCGCCAACCGACGUGGCUCCUUUCAUGCUCACCUGCAACGACGACAAAUACCAUCGCCAUCCCGUCCGCUGCGACCUCUACUACAAAUGCGUCUGGACCGAAUUGGCCUUCAGCGUCGACCUGAGAGCUUGCCCGGCCGGUCUGCAUUACGACGAGGCUUCCGGCACCUGCAAAUCUCCAGGCAGAACCACGGCUUGCGUAUUCGCCACUUUGCCUCCAACCGGAGUUAUUACCACCGUACCUACGGCGACGACGACAGUAGCCACCGAAGCUCCAGCCGCCGUACCAACAACGGCCGUGGCCACCGAAGCUCCAGCCCCCGCACCAACGACAACAGUAGCCACUGAAGCUCCAGUCACAGCCGCUGCAACUACAACAGCUCUACCGGCCGUUGAAACAACAGCGACGACCGUUCCUUCCGUUCCUGCUCAGUACACGUUGGCGCCCGGAAGCCUUUACGAUUGCAAAAUGCCGGGACAUUAUCCUUACCAGCUGGAUUGCAUCCGCUUCUACCGCUGUUUCGAAAUUGAGCCAAGCGUCUUGAAAGGAUUGCUCUACCGCUGCCCGGUCGACUACGCCUACUCGACCGUGACGGAGCGCUGCGUCCGACAGAACACCCUUCCGGCCUGCGAUCGCAACGGCAUCCGCCUGCCCAUGGAUUUCCCCGUGCCAUUGAUUCCGCUCGAAGACACGACCAUGGUCCUUCUGGAGGACUUUGACUCAUUCUUCGGCAACCCCAACUACUUUUACAUUCCCCGUCGCAAAAUCAAGAACCCGCAAUCCAGCAGAAUCAGGAAUAAACCACAACCACAACCCAAAAACAAAAGAUAUUAAAUUAAUCACACGGAUUGAUCAUAUCUUUUAAGAUGAAAAAACCUCCAGUGCCUUAAUGUCAAUUUUUGACAUCAUCACGAAAUUCAUUUUUUUUCCAAGUUCGUUUCUUAAGAAAAACAAAACCCAAAUAAAAAAAACACACCAACUUUUUCGUGCUAUAUAUAAUCCAUGACAUGUAAUGUGGGGAUGUAUCGGUCGCUGUUUCUUCUGUAAUUGUUUUUUUUUAUCUUCCAAUUAGUUUGAGAUCUCGGGAUUCGGGAACGGUAAUGUGUGCGGAGGAUUUAUUGGUAUUCUUUGUGUAACUCUUGUGUGUGUUUUUUUUAAAGGUGACUGAAAUAAUAAAAGACAAUCGCGUUUGAUUCUCGA